AUGAAGGAGGAGAAGGAACAUAGGCCCAAGGAGAAGCGAGUAACCUUGCUUACGCCUCAGGGGGCUACAUGCAGCAGCAGCGGAGCUUCGGGGGACAGUAACAAGGGGGAAGAUAAACAGGAUCGCAACAAGGAGAAGAAAGAGGCGCUGAGCAAGGUGGUAAUUCGAAGAUUACCUCCCACUUUGACCAAGGAGCAGCUUCUGGAACAUCUUCAGCCUCUGCCUGAACAUGACUAUUUUGAAUUUUUUUCUAAUGAUACUAGUCUGUAUCCUCAUAUGUAUGCCAGGGCAUACAUCAACUUUAAAAACCAAGAGGACAUUAUUUUGUUCAGGGAUCGCUUUGAUGGUUAUGUAUUCCUUGAUAAUAAAGGUCAAGAAUAUCCUGCUAUAGUAGAAUUUGCACCUUUUCAAAAAGCUGCAAAAAAGAAGACUAAGAAAAGAGACACCAAAGUUGGAACUAUAGAUGACGAUCCAGAAUAUAGAAAAUUUUUGGAAAGUUAUGCAACAGAUAAUGAGAAAAUGACUUCUACUCCAGAGACCCUACUAGAGGAAAUAGAAGCAAAAAAUAGAGAAUUAAUAGCUAAAAAGACAACCCCACUUUUGAGCUUCCUGAAAAACAAGCAGAGAAUGAGAGAAGAAAAGAGAGAAGAAAGAAGGAGGCGAGAAAUAGAAAGAAAAAGACAAAGAGAAGAAGAGCGAAGGAAAUGGAAAGAAGAGGAAAAACGAAAAAGGAAAGAUAUAGAAAAGCUAAAGAAGAUAGACAGAGUACCAGAAAGAGAUAAAUUAAAGGAUGAACCAAAGAUUAAGCUUCUCAAAAAGCCAGAAAAAGGAGAUGAAAAAGAAUUGGAUAAAAGAGAAAAGCCCAAGAAAUUGGACAAAGAGAAUCUGAGUGAUGAAAGAGCCAGCGGGCAGAGUUGUACAUUGACCAGGCGUUCUGAUGUUGAACCUAAAGAUGAAAAGCCAAAGAGAUCUGAAGAUGAAAGUUGCAGAGACUACAGGGAAAGGGAAAGAGAUUAUGACCGAGAUCAGGAACGCAUACUUCGGGAGAGAGAGAGACUGAAGCGGCAAGAAGAUGAACGCCGGAGGCAAAAGGAGCGCUAUGAGAAAGAGAAAGCUUUUAAAAGAAAAGAUGAAGAAUUGAAAAAAGAGAAGGAAGCACUUCGGGAUAAAGGAAAGAAGACUGAAAGCACAGAAUCUCUUGUCAACCCAGAAAAAUUGGAAAAAAAAGAGGAAGUGGUUAAGAGGGAUCGCAUAAGAAACAAGGACCGUCCAGCAAUGCAGCUUUACCAACCAGGAGCUCGAAGCCGAAAUCGACUCUGUCCCCCUGAUGACAGCACCAAGUCUGCAGACUCACCCAUAGAAAAAAAGCAGGAAAGUGCUAUUAGUCAUAGAAAAGAAGGGGGAGAGGAGUGAUAAAUCCAAAUGGCCUUAGGUGUCCUGACUGUCCCGGCAGCCAAAGAGCACGAAUUAAAGCAAUCCAGAAGUGCCUUCAGGGCAAAGGACUAGAGAGGAAGGGGGACGCUGUGCUGGUGGGGUCCACUGAAGAGCAGUUAUGUUUUGAGGCAACGCAAGGAUCAGAUUGCAGGUUCAGAAUCUGAAGUACAAUUUAAUUGUUUAUGUCAUUUCUACAAAUUCAUUUUAAAGUGUUGGAGAAGAUGAAAAAGGUGGCAUGCAUUUGCCACUUGCAGGCUAAAAAGUGCCAAGUGAGGACUGAAUUGUGUCUGGCAGGAGAGCAAAUAGGAGAGCUGGAUCUCACAUGAAAUGGUUCUGUCAAUCAUGAGUUUAAUUUCCUGAAUUUGAGUGGAACAGAGUC